ACAAUGGAUCAUGCUUUUGAAAAUCACAAAGAAUAUAUCGGCCGUCAUGCGCUCGAACUUCCCACACCAUCUUUCAUCAUCAACAAGCCCACGAUAGAGCAAAACAUCAAGAAGCUACAUGCCGAUGUCGCCACGCUUGGUAUCGCGUUCAGACCUCAUCUGAAGACUCUAAAGACCCUAGAGAUAACGCGGCUGAUGCUGGGGAAUGGAUUACACCGCAACGUUGUUUGCUCCACCGUACCUGAGAUUGUCGGUGCUCUUCCUUUGGUCAAAGAAGGCCUCCUCGAUGAGGCUAUAUUUGGUAUGCCAGUCUAUAAGAGUGUCUUGCCUCGUUUGACUGCUCUUCGACAGAGCAUCACAAUCGAUCUGCUUCUCGAUAGUUGCGACCAAUUACCACUUCUAGAAGGCUCCGACACAGCAUGGAACGUGUUCAUCAAGAUCGACGUUGGUGCUCGCAGAGCCGGUCUUACGACUGAUUCACCCCGCCUCAAGGAGUUGGUGCAGGCAGUAGAGGCCUCAAAGUUCGCGAAUUUAAAAGGCUUCUAUUGCCACGCGAAUCAUUCGUAUGGCUGUCGAACAGAAGCAGAUGUUACCGAAAUGCUGCAACAUGAGGUGGAGGAAGUAGUUGCAGCGGCUUCAUUUGUGUCAGAUAUGAGGUCACUUAUCGUAUCGAUUGGCGCAACACCGACCGCACACGUGAUCGAGAAAUUGAGCGAAAAGCUACCAUCGAAUGUAGCUCUUGAGCUCCAUGCUGGCAAUUUUCCGACUAAUGAUCUUCAACAAGUCUCUACUGAUGUCGUGCCGAUCACUCAGCAAGCCAUUCGCGUGGCAGCGGACAUUGUGAGCGUCUAUCCGGAACGAAACGAGGCCUUGAUAAAUGCAGGAGUUAUAGUUCUGGCUCGAGAAGCUAGCGGGUUCCCCGGUCAUGGCAAAGUUGUGGAUCAACACAAUUGGGAUGUUGUCCGCGUUUCGCAAGAGCAUGGCAUAUUGGGUUGUACAAACGGUGACGAGAAAGUAGGUGAUACUUUCAAGGUGGGCGAAAAGGUCUUUCUAUGGUGUCAGCAUUCUUGCAUCACUGCAGCUGCCUUCUACGCUUACUUUGUGGUGGACGAGGAUGAUAUAGUCAUUGACACAUGGAUUCCAUGGAAAGGAUGGUAG